CUGUAAGUCACUUUUGUGCGACCGAUGCGUUAAUUUCCGGUCCAUGGGACAGAGCUGGGAUUUGCCGCUGCCAAAGGCAGCUGCCGAGCUGCCGCCGCCAUUAUGUCAGACACGGACAGCGACGAAGACUCUGCUGGAGGCGGCCCAUUUUCUUUAACCGGUUUCCUUUUCGGCAACAUCAAUGGCGCAGGGCAGCUGGAGGGAGAAAGCGUCUUGGAUGAUGAGUGCAAGAAACACCUGGCAGGCCUGGGGGCUUUGGGCCUGGGCAGCCUCAUCACUGAACUCACUGCAAACGAAGAAUUGACUGGAGCUGAUGGUGCCUUGGUAAAUGAUGAAGGUUGGAUUAGGAGUACAGAAGAUGCUGUGGAUUAUUCUGACAUCACUGAGGUGGCAGAAGAUGAAAGCCGAAGACAUCAGCAGACAAUGGGGAACUUGCAGCCCCUUUGCCACUCAGAUUAUGAUGAAGACGACUAUGAUGCUGAUUGUGAAGACAUUGAUUGCAAGUUGAUGCCUCCACCACCUCCACCCCUAGGACCAGUGAAGAAGGAGAAGGAUCAGGAUGCUAUUACUAAUGUGUCAGAAGAUGGAGAAGGCAUCAUCUUGCCCUCCAUCAUUGCCCCUUCCUCUUUGGCCUCAGAGAAAGUGGACUUCAGUAGUUCCUCUGACUCAGAAUCUGAGAUGGGACCUCAGGAAGCAGCACAGGCAGAAUCCGAUGAUGGAAAGCUGACCCUCCCUUUGGCCGGGAUUAUGCAGCAUGAUGCCACCAAGCUGUUGCCGAGUGUUACAGAACUUUUUCCAGAGUUUCGGCCUGGAAAGGUGUUACGCUUCCUUCGUCUUUUUGGACCAGGGAAGAAUGUCCCAUCUGUUUGGCGGAGUGCUCGGAGAAAAAGGAAAAAAAAGCACCGGGAGCUGAUACAGGAAGAGCAGAACCAGGAGACGGAGUGCUCAGUAGAAUCAGAAGUUGACCAGAAGUGUCUGUGGGACUAUGACUAUGCUCCACCACCACCUCCAGAGCAGUGUCUUUCUGAUGAUGAAAUCACAAUGAUGGCUCCUGUGGAGUCCAAGUUUUCCCAGUCAACUGGAGAUAUAGAUAAAGUGACAGAUACCAAACCAAGAGUGGCUGAGUGGCGUUAUGGACCUGCUCGACUGUGGUAUGAUAUGCUGGGUGUCCCUGAAGAUGGCAGUGGAUUUGACUAUGGCUUCAAAUUGAGAAAGACUGAACAUGAACCUGUAAUCAAAUGUAGAGUGAUGGAGGACUUUAGAAAACUUGAGGAAAUCAAUGGCACUGAUCUUCUGGCUGAUGAAAACUUCCUGAUGGUGACACAGCUGCAUUGGGAGGAUGAUAUCAUCUGGGAUGGGGAAGAUGUCAAACACAAAGGGACAAAACCUCAGCGUGCAAGCUUGGCAGGCUGGCUUCCUUCCAGCAUGACUAGGAAUGCCAUGGCUUACAAUGUUCAGCAAGGUUUUGCAGCUACUCUGGAUGAUGACAAACCUUGGUACUCCAUUUUUCCCAUUGACAAUGAGGAUUUGGUGUAUGGACGCUGGGAGGACAAUAUCAUUUGGGAUGCUCAGGCCAUGCCCCGGCUGUUAGAGCCUCCUGUUUUGACACUUGACCCCAAUGAUGAGAACCUCAUUUUGGAGAUUCCUGAUGAGAAGGAAGAGGCUACCUCUAAUUCCCCCUCCAAGGAGAGUAAGAAAGAAUCAUCUCUGAAGAAGAGCCGGAUUCUCCUAGGAAAGACUGGAGUCAUCAAGGAGGAACCACAGCAGAACAUGUCUCAGCCAGAAGUGAAAGAUCCAUGGAAUCUCUCCAAUGAUGAGUAUUACUAUCCCAAACAACAGGGUCUUCGAGGCACCUUUGGAGGGAAUAUUAUCCAGCACUCAAUUCCCGCUGUGGAAUUACGGCAGCCAUUCUUUCCCACCCAUAUGGGGCCCAUCAAACUACGGCAGUUCCAUCGCCCACCUCUGAAAAAGUACUCCUUUGGGGCACUGUCUCAGCCAGGUCCCCAUUCAGUCCAGCCUUUGCUGAAGCACAUCAAAAAGAAGGCCAAGAUGAGAGAACAAGAGAGGCAAGCAUCAGGUGGUGGAGAGAUGUUUUUUAUGCGCACACCUCAGGACCUCACAGGCAAAGAUGGAGAUCUCAUUCUUGCAGAAUACAGUGAGGAAAAUGGACCCUUAAUGAUGCAAGUUGGUAUGGCAACCAAGAUAAAAAACUACUAUAAACGGAAACCUGGAAAAGAUCCUGGAGCCCCAGAUUGUAAAUAUGGGGAAACCGUUUAUUGCCAUACAUCUCCUUUCCUGGGCUCUCUCCAUCCUGGCCAGUUACUUCAGGCAUUUGAGAACAACCUUUUUCGUGCUCCAAUUUAUCUUCAUAAGAUGCCAGAAACUGACUUCCUGAUCAUUCGAACGAGACAGGGUUACUAUAUUCGGGAAUUAGUGGAUAUUUUUGUGGUUGGCCAGCAGUGCCCCUUGUUUGAAGUUCCUGGACCUAACUCCAAAAGGGCCAAUACGCAUAUUCGAGACUUUCUACAGGUUUUUAUAUACCGCCUCUUCUGGAAAAGUAAAGAUCGACCACGGCGAAUCCGAAUGGAAGAUAUAAAAAAAGCCUUUCCUUCCCAUUCAGAAAGCAGCAUCCGGAAGAGGCUAAAACUCUGUGCCGACUUCAAACGCACAGGGAUGGACUCAAAUUGGUGGGUGCUGAAGUCUGAUUUUCGUUUACCAACCGAAGAGGAGAUUAGAGCUAUGGUGUCACCAGAGCAGUGCUGUGCUUAUUAUAGCAUGAUAGCUGCAGAGCAGCGACUGAAGGAUGCUGGCUAUGGAGAGAAGUCUUUUUUUGCUCCAGAGGAAGAAAAUGAGGAAGAUUUCCAGAUGAAGAUUGAUGAUGAAGUUCGCACUGCUCCCUGGAAUACCACUAGAGCAUUCAUUGCUGCUAUGAAGGGCAAGUGUCUCCUGGAGGUCACUGGGGUGGCAGAUCCCACAGGGUGUGGUGAAGGAUUCUCCUAUGUGAAGAUUCCAAAUAAACCAACACAGCAGAAGGAUGAUAAGGAGCCUCAGCCAGUGAAGAAGACAGUGACAGGAACAGAUGCAGACCUUCGUCGCCUUUCUCUGAAAAAUGCCAAGCAACUUCUGCGUAAAUUUGGUGUACCCGAGGAAGAGAUCAAAAAGUUGUCCCGCUGGGAAGUGAUUGAUGUGGUACGCACAAUGUCAACAGAACAGGCUCGCUCUGGAGAGGGGCCCAUGAGUAAAUUUGCUCGCGGAUCAAGGUUUUCUGUGGCUGAGCAUCAAGAGCGUUACAAAGAGGAAUGUCAGCGCAUCUUUGACCUGCAGAACAAAGUUUUGUCAUCAACUGAAGUCUUAUCAACUGACACAGACAGCAGCUCCGCAGAAGACAGUGAUUUUGAAGAAAUGGGGAAGAACAUUGAAAACAUGUUACAGAACAAGAAAACCAGCUCUCAGCUAUCACGUGAACGGGAGGAGCAGGAGCGGAAGGAAUUGCAGCGGAUGCUACUGGCAGCAGGCUCAGCAGCAUCAGGAAACAAUCACAGAGAUGAUGACACAGCUUCUGUGACUAGCCUCAACUCCUCUGCCACUGGUCGUUGUCUCAAGAUUUAUCGUACGUUUCGAGAUGAGGAGGGAAAAGAGUAUGUUCGCUGUGAGACCGUCCGAAAACCAUCUGUUAUUGACGCCUAUGUGCGCAUACGGACCACGAAAGAUGAAGAAUUCAUUCGAAAAUUUGCCCUUUUUGACGAACAGCAUCGAGAAGAGAUGCGAAAAGAACGGCGAAGGAUUCAAGAGCAACUGAGACGGCUUAAGAGGAACCAGGAGAAGGAGAAACUUAAGGGUCCUCCUGAGAAGAAACCCAAAAAAAUGAAGGAGCGUCCUGACCUGAAACUGAAAUGUGGUGCAUGUGGUGCAAUUGGGCACAUGAGGACAAACAAAUUUUGCCCCCUCUAUUAUCAAACAAACGCUCCACCUUCCAACCCUGUUGCCAUGACAGAGGAGCAGGAGGAAGAGUUGGAAAAGACAGUCAUUCAUAAUGAUAAUGAAGAACUUAUCAAGGUUGAAGGGACCAAGAUUGUCUUGGGGAAACAGCUAAUUGAGAGUGCGGAUGAGGUUCGCAGAAAGUCACUGGUUCUCAAGUUCCCUAAACAGCAGCUUCCUCCCAAGAAGAAACGGCGGGUUGGAACCACUGUUCAUUGUGACUAUCUGAAUAGACCUCAUAAGUCCAUCCACCGGCGCCGGACAGAUCCUAUGGUGACAUUGUCAUCCAUCUUGGAGUCUAUCAUCAAUGACAUGAGAGAUCUUCCAAAUACGUACCCUUUUCACACUCCAGUCAAUGCCAAGGUUGUGAAGGACUACUACAAAAUUAUUACCCGACCAAUGGACCUACAAACACUCCGUGAAAAUGUGCGUAAACGCCUUUAUCCAUCUCGGGAAGAAUUCAGAGAGCAUUUGGAACUCAUUGUGAAAAACAGUGCAACCUACAAUGGGCCAAAGCACUCAUUGACUCAAAUUUCUCAAUCCAUGCUGGAUCUCUGUGAUGAAAAACUCAAAGAGAAAGAAGACAAAUUGGCUCGCUUAGAGAAAGCUAUCAACCCCUUGCUGGAUGAUGAUGAUCAAGUGGCAUUUUCUUUUAUUCUGGACAACAUUGUCACCCAGAAAAUGAUGGCAGUUCCAGAUUCUUGGCCAUUUCAUCACCCAGUUAAUAAGAAGUUUGUUCCUGAUUAUUAUAAAGUGAUUGUAAAUCCAAUGGAUUUAGAAACUAUCCGUAAGAAUAUCUCCAAGCACAAAUACCAGAGUCGGGAGAGCUUUCUAGAUGAUGUAAACCUUAUUCUGGCCAAUAGUGUUAAGUAUAAUGGGCCUGAGAGUCAGUAUACCAAGACUGCUCAGGAGAUUGUGAACGUCUGUUACCAGACAUUGACUGAGUAUGAUGAGCAUUUGACUCAACUUGAGAAGGAUAUUUGUACAGCUAAAGAAGCAGCUUUGGAGGAAGCAGAAUUAGAAAGCCUGGACCCGAUGACUCCAGGGCCCUACACACCUCAGCCUCCUGAUUUGUAUGAUACCAACACAUCCCUCAGUAUGUCUCGAGAUGCCUCUGUAUUUCAAGACGAGAGCAAUAUGUCAGUCCUGGAUAUUCCCACUGCCACUACAGAGAAAGCAGUAACACAGGAAGGUGAAGACAGAGAUGGUGACCUUGCAGAUGAAGAGGAAAGAACUGUGCAACAUUCUCAAGCCAGUGUCCUAUAUGAGGAUUUGCUUAUGUCUGAAGGAGAAGAUGAUGAGGAAGAUGCUGGGAGUGAUGAAGAAGGAGAUAAUCCUUUCUCUGCUAUCCAGCUGAGUGAGAGUGGAAGUGACUCUGAUGUGGGAUCUGGUGGUGUAAGACCCAAACAGCCCCGUGUGCUUCAGGAAAACACAAGGAUGGGCAUGGAAAAUGAAGAAAGCAUGAUGUCCUAUGAGGGAGACGGUGGGGAGGCUUCCCAUGGUUUGGAGGAUAGCAACAUCAGUUAUGGGAGCUAUGAGGAGCCUGAUCCCAAGUCGAACACCCAAGACACAAGCUUCAGCAGCAUCGGUGGGUAUGAGGUAUCAGAGGAGGAAGACGAUGAGGAGGAGGAAGAGCAGCGCUCUGGGCCGAGUGUACUAAGCCAGGUCCACCUGUCAGAGGACGAGGAGGACAGUGAGGAUUUCCACUCCAUUGCUGGGGACAGUGACUUGGACUCUGAUGAAUGAGGUUUCCUUUGGGCCUCCUUGGUCAGCCUUCCUUGUUCUCCAGUCUAGAUGGUUCACCAAUCCCUAAUUUGUUUCUAUUUGUGUGCUGUCUGAUCAUGAAAUCAAUCACCAGAUUAACACCUUAGCCUUUAAAAAAUAGUAAGUAAAUGAGAAUAAGUCACCUCUCCUGAUCUUUCUGGGACAAUGUUGCCCUCUGCUUUAAAACAAGCGAACUCCCUUCCCCCUGCCACUACGAGAGAGAGAGAGAGAGAGAGUAAGCUCAUUCUUCUCCAGUGUCCUCUUUUAACUUCAUGUGUUGCUCUUGGUCUAAUUUUUCCUCCAGGAACAAGGAGAACUUACGAAUGAACUAAUAACUUUAUGUCCUCUUGAUGUAUUAGGAAUUUUCCAAGCAUGAUAUCAUCUCAGUUUUCUAAUUUGCAGGCUGAAUAGGUGAGAGCUCCCCUGCUGGGACAGAGAAUUGAAUUCUGGUAGACUCUGUGCCACACUUAAUAACAGACCUGCUGGACAAACUACCCGUUAUUUUAUUAUUUAUUUGAUUAUGCAAUGCCUUGUUCCUAAAAGGAUUUGAGGCGAAUGACUAUAAAUCUUUCAAACAAUCUAUAUGUCAGAAUCAAUAUAUUUUCAUGUAAAUGUGUUCUGUCACUUCCUCCCACCCCAGGGGAAAUAAUAGGAAAAUGGUAAGUUCCCUAGGGCAAAGACUGUGUCUUCUGUUUCUUUUCAUGCUUAGGAUAUGGUUUUGUGCAUAGUAGAAACUCAGCAAAUGUUCCUAAAGUAUCAGUUCUUUAACAGAUACAUUACUGAGCAUGUGCUCCAUGGUAAACACUCUAUCAAAUCCUUGGGAUGCAAAGGUAAAUAAGACACAUUUAUUUGACCCAAAGAGCUUACCCGCAAGUGGGGGGAAGAGGGAGUGGAACUCAAAAUGUGUCAAUGAAUUACUGCAGUACUGUGAGAUAAGUGCAAUUAAGAAGCUAGCUAAAAAGUACAGGGGUAAAUAGAGAAGUGAUUAUGUCUUGAAAAAAAUUAGGAAGUCUUAUUGAGGGCAUUUUCAAGUUGAUUGUUGAAGAAUCAGGGUUUUGCCAGAUGGAAAAGUCCAGGCAGAAUGUAACACAAAAUGAAAAGGCCAAAAUCUACAAAUGGCAGAGUGUGUUCCUAGUUUGUUUGUUUGUUUGUUUGUACCUGCCUUGUUUCAGGAAGCAUUUAAGGUGAUUUAUGUUCCAGUGAUUUCUAUACUGGAAUGGCUAAAGAUGAGACUAAGAGAUGGGCAGGACAUAUAUAAUCAAGAGCUUUGCAUUUGAUGCUAAUUAAUAUGAAUUUUAUAUUAUGGAAAAUGAACUCAAGAGGAGUGAUAUAAUCAGAUUUGUGUUUUAGGAAUUUUCUGUAUAUUGAAUGAAUGAACAAAAAAUUGAAGAAUCAUAUGUAACAGACUUACGUGAUUUCAUUUUUGUAAAAGAAAAAAUCAUGUGUGUAUAUUUAUGUGUGUUUAUAUAUACAUGUAUAUGCAAAGGAAAAUGUCUGAAAGGAUACACAUUAAUUUGUUCACAGUGAUAACCUCUGGGGAAUGAGAUUGGAGGGAAGGGGAUUUAUGUGCUUGUCUGUAUACCAGGUGGGUUAUUAUGCUUUUAUUUCUGUACUUGAAUUUUUUUAUAAGUAUGUAUUUUUAUAAUAAAACUUUUAAAAAAAUUCCAGCACUAGUGUGGAGAAUGGUUUGGAGGAGAGCAUAUCUAGUUCAAGUAAGAGGGAAUGGAGCUUAGACUAGAUUUGUAGCAGUGGGCUGGAGAGAAGAGGGAUGAAUUUGAGAGAUCUUUAGGGGGUAGUAUCAAUUGGACUUGAUGACCAGUGGGUGUUUGGGGGUGGAGAAGGAGGAAUGGGAAGUGGCUUUCAGAAUUUUGGUUUGCGAAAUGGGAUGAGCACAUGAUAUUCCUUCAUUUAUUUCAGCAAUUAUCAAACUAUCUAUUUUUAUCACGCAGUUUGCCAGAUGUUGAUGUAGAAGUAAGAUCCCAUUUCUGGUUACAAGGAACUUAAGAUCUAGAACAAGGGAUAGAUAUGUAAAUAAAUAAGCUUAAUAAAAAACGAUAAUUGCAAAAUAGUCAUUUACAAAGUUCCAUGGUGAGAAAAAAGAGCUCCACUCUGCUUAUGGAGUAAGGACAGGAAUGCUUCAUAGAGGAUACAAAAGAUCAUGGAGAGGAAGGAGAAAUUUACCAGACACUCAUAGACGGUGAGGGAUGGGAAGGCAUUCUACACAGAGGAAACAGAGUGAUUAGGAGCAUAAAACAACAUGUUCAUGGUACUGCAAGUAGUUCUGAGUGGCUGUAAUAGAGGGAACAUGCAGAGCAUAGUGAUGAUAAGCUCAGAAUGAAAUGCUCAUUUUAGAGCCAUCACUCUGGCAGCAGUUUGGCAGUGGAUAGAGUGGAGAGAAGUGAUGCCAAAUGAGAGAUGGUAGAGACCUGAACAAUGAGAUAUUGACAGUAGGGAUGGGUUGAGAGUAUCUUGGUGACUGACUAAAUGAUACAAGGAGAGUAGAACAUAGGUUUCUUAUGUAGAUGACUAUGUAAAUAGUGAUUCUGUAGAGUCACAAGAGCAUGGAGGAUGAAAUCUUGGUAAAGACCAGUAUUUAGGGGCAGUCAGAAAUAGAAAACGUGAAGUGAGUGAGUUCCUACCAAGGAGGAGAUUUUUAGAAAGGGGAGGGGAAUAUAGCACAGAGAAGUAAACUCAGGCCUGAGAGAGAAUCUUUGGAUUUGGCAACGAGCAGGUCCCUGGUGACCUGAGCUAGCCAAAGCAGUUUUAGCAGGGUUGUGAGAUUGGAAUUCAGCCAGUGGCAGGGUGAGGAACAGAUGGGAGGUAAGGAAGUGAUGAUAAGAGAUCCUAGAUACCAGAAGCCAAGCUGUAAAGAAUUAAAGGAGAGUCUUAAGAUGGGAGAUAAGUAUGCUUACGUAAGCCCAGGGAGAGAAAGCAAAUAGAGAAGGAGAGGUUGGAAAAAGCAAGAAAGGAUAACUGUUGGAAGGACCUGUGGAAACAGGAGAGGAUGUUAGCUAACAAAGGUGUGGAAAUGUGCCUUAUGAGGAAAGAUCUCUUUCUGAGAUGGAGAAAAGAAUGGAUGCAGUUAGGUUAGUUGGUAGUAGAUAAGGGAGAUAAGUCAGAGGAGUUCAUAGCUUCAAUUUUCUCUGUGAAGCAGGUGAUAGCGUUCUUACGACAAAGUGAAGUUUGAAGAAAGUGUUGAACUACAGAGGAGGAUAAGGAAAAGUUAGAAACAAACUCAAUGUCCAUCUGCAGCAGGGGAGUUAAAUUAUGGUAUGUCUAUUCAGUGAAAAGCACACAGCUGUUAAAAGAAUGAGGAAAAUCUCUAUGUGCUGGUGUUGAAAGAUAUGCUUAAAAAUAAGUCCUAGAAUGGUAGGAAGGGCUUGAUUUCAUUUGGGGAACAAAUUGGUAUAUAAAUCCAUGUUUUCAUACAGAGUCUAUAAGAAGACUGGGCAAGAUAGCUCAGACUGUCAGUAAGGUAGAAUGUCAGGGGAGGCUCAUUCUUUUCACUCUAAAUUUUUCUGUUUAAGUUGGAGCUUUUUGUUGUUGUUGUUGUUAUUUUCUCAUGGUCACAGAGCAAAGUGGGAGCUGGAGCUGACUAGAGAUCCAUAAAAGGCCUGCUGAGUGUUUCAUGCACAAGUGAGGCCAAAGAUCGUUAUUUUUUAAUGGUACUAUUUAUUGUGUGGUUUUUCUCCAAAGGUACUUGAGCAGCACAGCUGUCAGGGAAUGGAAGCAGAAAAGGUUUGGAUUUACCACAUUUUGGGGACUCGGAAUCCAGUGUUUUCAGUCAGCUCCAUUUUAUGGCUUUUCACUGUGUUUAUUCAUUCAUCCUGAUCUACAAUAAAAUUUCAGUGUGUGCUUUUA